UAAUUCAUUCUUGACACCGAGGCGCAGCAGCGCCCCCCUCCCGGACCCGCCCCCUUUUACGACGUCACGGCUUUGUACGGGUUGCCAUGACGACGGCGUUGCCGCUGCUCUCCCAAGGCAUUCGCCUGCUCUACGCUACUCGGUGUUUGGGGGAAAAAGCAGAAAGGAACCGAGCUUGUUUUGUGAAUGGUGCCCUCCGACACGGGGACGCGCACAGAAGCCCGCUCAGCAACGCGCUCCGGCCACGCCAUGAGUUCUAUGGGCUGACUAAUCGGCCCAAUGACAACCUUAGAAGAACCGGACCCCACACCCUCAGGCCCAGACAAGGAGGACCAGGCGCCUCAUUACAGCACAGAGAGGAGACAUGUUGAAGCCCUGUUAGACAUCAGCGAGGAAACCCCAACAGACCCGGAGCCACGGGAGCAUCCCUGCGCCUCCGGCUGGGAGGACGCUGUCAGGGCUUGGGCCGCGGUCGCCCCGCUCAGCUGCAUAUUCUCCUCUCAGAAGCCCCACAGGAAAACUAAGCAUAAAGAUGUCGGCAGUCCAUCACUCCCUAAUGCGGAGCGCUCAGCCGGCGCCGAGUACCCGCGCGGGGUCGUCUAAUGGCGUGAGGAAGUCGGUGCCAUUACAGCAGCAGACAGGAUGCUGUAACAGUCUGCAGGCAGGCGCGUCACAAUGGAGCAUGCAGACGAGCCCUUCCACAGAGGAGGGAAGCCCUCCCUCACAGCCUCUGUCCUCAAAACACCCUGUGCCAGAACACGGGCCCGCCAGGCCUCACCAACACAGCAGCAAACUGGUUCCCAUCAAAAACCUCACCUUUCUACCCCCGAUCAAACCCCCGCAGCACCAUCCCAGGCUGUGUGAGCACCUGUGCGGCAGCAUGAAGGCGUCCGACCAAGGGGCCGUGUGUGAAAAUGACGGCUUCCUGGCGUCAGGAACAAGAUGGGGCCCCGAGUGUCCCGUUUACCCCACAGCCCUAUCGUCCAAGUGUCCCACAUGUCAGCACAGCCUCAGCCUGUUCUCCACCAUGAGCCUCUCUGACCCCAAGAGGCCUCAGGGGCCCGUCUCCUCCAAACGCGACACCGCGCACUGCAGCAGCUUUUCAAUGGGCAGGAGCCCCGCGCCGGCGCUCCGCUCCACCGCCGCAGUGGGCGCACACGGACCCGGCUGCCUCUUCUCUUAAGCAGCGUGGGGCUUUUCUGUUUCACCCCCAGCUUCACAGUGUUUUCAUGAGACUAUGCCUAUGAUAAACUGAGUGGAUGAGACACAACGGUGAAAGUACCUCAAGGAUGCAGAGGCACUUUCUUCAGUUCAGACUAUGCUAGCGGUGAAGUGAAGGGCUCGAUGUGUCCCCCGGGCCUUUAUUUGGUUCCGACCGGCCCCACGACUGCUUCUUCAGCUGUUCUAGUUUCCUGGCAACAGUGCAUCUACCUCUAAAGCAGUCCGCCCGUGUGUCGCCUCACUCUUCCUGUUUUCCAAACAACUGUACGCCCCGGCUCCAUCAGAACUGUGUGGUACCAUUUAAAGCGGGUCGUUACUUUGCCCUGUAAUUUUACCUCUUUUACAAUCCAUGUAUUUAGAAUAUAAAGCCAACCUCCUGUUUAACCUGAAAUGAUCCUGAGCUGAAGUGAGCGAGAGCAGCUUCUGUGCCUUUCAACAUAAUUUCAAGUUACACAGUUUGCUUUGUUUUAUAAAAUCGAAGACGAAAUACACUUUCCAGCAGUUUAUUAAGAACAUCUGAAGAGGGGCGUCAACAGUAAAUGAAGGCAACCAUUAACUCACGUAUACGCAAGAGAAACAACAACAAAUAUUUUGUGCUGGGAAAAUAUGUGCAUGCACUCCUUACAGAGAAACAAUAAAGCACUGUAACGGACA